AUGCGUACAACCACUCCUACUACCCCGGGGGCUCGUCUUCUGGCGCAGGUGCCAGUACAGCAGUGGGCCUGGUCCCAAUCUGCUUGGGCACAGACCGUUCGUAUACCAGGAGCCUGGAACGGGAUAUAUGCACUCAAGCCAACACACCAUCGACGAGGGUGCCGCAACUCCACCGUGUCGGUUGUUGGGCCGAUGGCUGCAACUGUGGCAGAUCUGACCGUGGAUUAUUCUGUGUUUUCAAUACCUCCAAACGUGGGCGUGCCGAAGCUCAUUGGCUUGUGCCACGAGUGGUUGGACCACUCCGACCCGUUGAUUCAGACAAUGUUCAAAGAGAUGACAGGAUACCUCACUUCUCACCUUGGCUACCAGGUCGUUGAAAUACACCUGCCCUAUUUGGAAGAAGGACAGCUUGCGCACGGAGCCGUUUGUCUCAGCGAGGCGGUUGGCAAAACCCACUCUCGAGGGUCGCGUUUAAACAACUGGCUCACAAUGGUCAAUUGCCAGGGCCAGGUGCUGCUCUCAACCGCGCAGCAUGCAUCCGCUAUGGAGCUGAUCAAGCGCGGGCAGUUGCGGCAGGCAAUCAUGCAGCACUUGGCAUGGCUUUUCAAGCAGCAUCCUGGCUUGAUUAUUCUCCCUCCAACCACGCCGUUCUUGGGAUGGGAGAUACACCAGGACGAUGCACGGUUUGGAUUGUCGGACGGCAAUGUGUGUUGGAACAGCACGCGAUACACGUGGCUGGCCAACUUCUCCGGCAUUCCGCCUGUGCAGUUCCCCAUAGGCUAUGCAAGCGCCCCGUGUGGUUCUGGGAAGCUUCCUGUAGGCGCUAUGGGGAUGGGGCAGUGGGGUUGUAAGGAGCCGCUGUUGGGUCUCGCAAAAGAAGCGGAAACAUAUCUGUGCGAGGUCAGUCCCGACGGACGGCUGAGGCCGCAACACCGAGUCGAUAUACUGCGGUUGGCUGAAGAGGAGAAACAUGAACCGGCAGAAGCUUGGGGGUUAUCGGAUGCAUUGCACGAUCUAUCCGGGAAAGCCCCUUGA